GAACUGGCGGAAGGUUUGAGGUUACAGGAGGAAGGUUAACGUUAGCUAGCUGUGGAAGCUAACCUAAUAUUGAUAUCAACAAAUUACACUGACAGCUAGGCUGCAGAUAGAAAUAACGUUGACGUUGGUCGUCAGUAGCUUACACGUCUGUACAGUAAAAGUGAUGUACUAUCAUUCACCUCUAUGUAAAGUUAGAGGUCUUUACUGUACCUUCUCACUGAUGAUAUGCUAGCUGCUCACCUAGCCUAGCUACCGGGAGCUGUUUAGGCAAGGGAGUAAAAGGAGGGGGUCAGAAUAGAAACGCCCACCUGUCAGAAAUAUGCAGUUUUACACCUGGAGUAACUAAACAGCUAGAGGUUACACAUGUUAGAGCAGACACAGGGCAGACACCAGAACACAAGUGAAUCUGAAUACACGAAUCGUAGUUAGUUUCUUAGACCUCUGAGAGUCUUGCAUGAUCUGCUGUGAAUUGAUGGUGAUUGAUGGAGGCCAUGGACGCAACUGUGAGUGGGAGGGUCGAUGGAACCACAUCAAAAAGUUUCUGGAAAGAUCGGGACCCUUCACGCAUCCUGACUUUGAACCCAGCACAGAGUCAUUGCAGUUUAUGUUAGAUACCUGCAAAAUCCUGAUCAUUGGUGCUGGUGGCCUGGGAUGUGAGCUUCUUAAAGACCUGGCUUUAUCUGGCUUUCGCAACAUUCAUGUUGUCGACAUGGACACCAUUGACGUUUCAAACUUGAAUCGACAGUUUCUCUUUAGGGGAAAAGAUGUGGGUCGGCCCAAGGCAGACGUUGCAGCUGAUUUCAUCAACAGCCGCAUACCUGGAUGCUGUGUAGUCCCACACUUUAAGAAAAUUCAAGACUUAGAUGAAACAUUCUACAGACAGUUCCAUAUAAUUGUGUGUGGACUAGACUCUGUAGUUGCCAGGAGGUGGAUGAAUGGUAUGCUGCUGUCUUUGCUGGUGUACGACGAUGGUGUACUGGACCCAGGUUCCAUCAUUCCUCUGAUUGAUGGUGGGACUGAGGGCUUUAAAGGCAACGCCAGAGUCAUUCUCCCUGGUAUGACCGCCUGCAUCGACUGUACACUUGAGCUUUAUCCUCCUCAGGUCAACUUCCCGAUGUGCACAAUCGCCUCCAUGCCUCGUUUGCCGGAACAUUGCAUUGAGUAUGCCCGGAUGCUGCUGUGGCCCAAGGAGAAACCCUUCGGAGAUGGUGUUGUCCUGGAUGGAGAUGACCCAGAGCACAUCCAGUGGGUGUACCAGAGAUCUCUGGAGAGGGCAGCAGAGUUCAACAUAACAGGAGUCACAUACAGACUAACCCAGGGUGUUGUUAAGAGGAUAAUUCCAGCUGUAGCGUCUACAAAUGCUGUCAUAGCUGCUGCUUGCGCAACCGAGGUCUUCAAAAUAGCAUCAAGUGCCUUCAUACCCCUUAAUAACUACAUGGUCUUUAAUGAUGUUGACGGCCUGUACACCUACACGUUUGAAGCAGAACGGAAGGAAAACUGUUCAGCCUGCAGCCAAGUACCUCUGGACAUGCACUUUUCUCCAACUUCCAAACUCCAGGAGGUAUUGGACUACCUGACUGAGAGUGCCUCUCUACAAAUGAAAUCACCGGCAAUAACGGCAACGGUGGAAGGAAAGAACAAAACAUUAUAUUUACAGUCUGUUGCAUCAAUUGAGCAGAGAACACGGCCAAAUCUGUCAAAAACGCUGAAGGAGCUGGGGCUGGCUGACGGGCAAGAGUUGGCUGUAGCUGAUGUCACCACACCCCAGACCAUGUUGUUCAGACUCUGCUUUACCUCAUAGGAUGAACACUCCCGCAACCAGUCGAUGUCAUUCUUGUUUCUUGGCCAACCUUGACUUGAUGCAGAUACAAAAUAUUUAAAAUGGCCUACAAACUAGAACAGUUUACAGUGUAUUUAACCACAGUGUAAAUUUAAUUGUUUUAAUGUACUUUCUGACGAAAGCUAAUGUUUUGCACUGAAAAGCCAAAUCAUAGUUCAAAACCUGUCAUGUUUUGGUGAUACAUUGUCUGCUAACAUGAAAGAUUAUUGCAUUAAUGUGUUAUCUGCACUACAACGUUAAGUGUGCUCUGUGCAAAAUAAGACAAGCAUUUGUUACUUUGGAAAAGAUUAUUAUGUACUUGAUGCGGUUUUGAAUAUUUUGAAUAUUUAUUUAUUCCGACACAGUUUUUUAGUUGCAUUAACCACUGACGUGGUAUCAGCAGACACUGAUAAUGAUGAGUGAACUGGAAUAAAACAUUUUUUUUCUUACAAA